UUGCUAAAAAAUAAAAAUCAAAAGCUGUCAUCUACUCAAAAAAAAAAAGUUUCUAUUUUUUGUGCCGAUAUUGAGAAAUUAUUCGACAUAGCACAUCACAAAGUAAUGAAACUCAUUAAUGAAAGUCAAAAGUUAUUUUUGCAAGGCCAAAGACAGUCAAAUCGACGAGGUUUUCUCCAUAUUAAUCCUCCAGUAAAAACGGUAGCUAAUAAUAUUGAUGAAGAUAGAAUUGACGAAAUUCAAAGUGAUGAGAAUAAUACUGGAUUAUUAUUAAGUCAAAAAACAGAUUCAAGUUUAAGUCGAACUUCAAAUGCAGCAUCUGAUUUCGAAGAUGAUAUAGAGGUUUCACGGCAGCGAAAAAAACUUGAAAUAAUCACGCCUAAGCUUGUCAGUGCAUUGGAUCGUGCAAAUGUAAGUAGCAGAAAUGCUACUUACAUUGUAGCUGCUACUUUAAUCAGCGCGGGACUAGAUAUAAGUCAAUAUAAUUUGAGUCACUCAACCAUCCAUCGUCAGCGUGAAUUAGCGAGAAAAAGUACAAUGGCAAAUUUACAACAAAAUUUAAAAGUUGAUAAAUGCGUUUUACACUGAGAUCGGAAGAUAAUGCCUGACAUUGAAACGCGCCAAGACGUGGAAAGAUUACCAAUCGUAUUAUCAGCUUCGGGACAAGAAAUACUACUUGGUGCUCCCAAAAUUGACUCUGGAACUGUGGAAAAUCAAGCCUCAGCAAUUAUUUCUGUCCUGAGUGAAUGGUCUAUCGCUGACAGUAUUACAGCAUUAUGUUUUGAUACUGCGGCUGUAAAUACAGGAAUUCACAGUGGUGCAUGUGUUCUCGUUGAACAAGCACUAAGAAGAGAGUUGACUUAUUUACCAUGCCGUCAUCACAUUAUUGAGCUAGUUUUAAGAUCCGCAUUUGAAACUUAUUGGCCUACAUCUUCAGGUCCAAAUGUUUCGAUUUUUACUCGGUUCAAAAACAAAUGGAGUGAUAUUGAUCAACAAAAAUAUACUACUGGGAUUUCAGACAGAGAAGUUCAAGAAGCCCUUGCAGAUAUAAAAGAUGAAAUCCUAAUACUUAUUGCUAAUUACUUACAAAUUUCGCAACCAAGAGGAGAUUAUAAGGAGCUUCUGGACUUAGCUCUGAUUUUUUUGGGAGCUUUGCCAUCUGACGGAGUAGUUUUUAAAUAUCCUGGAGCUGUUCAUCAUGCAAGGAGUCCGUCAAAUUUGUAUUUUUGUGAUAAAAUUUCACAUAAAAGCGUGGUUUUCAGCAACGUCAGCGAUAACAGCGCCAAGUAAUGAUUUAAUGCUGAUAAAAAAUUUGCUUCUCGACAAAAAAAUUAAUUCAGCUGUUUCAAAAAAGACAUCUGAGAAAAUGGCUAAUCAUCUGUGGUACCUUUCUGAAGAAUUAGCAGCUUUGGCUUUAUUUGAUUCGAGAGUUUCACCGGAAAUAAAAAUUAGAAUGGUAACUGCUAUAAAGUCCCGAGAUAGUAGUAUAUUAAAUAAAAAGCGCUUCAUAAUCAAUAAGAAUAAGUUGAAUACAUUAUUAAUAAAAGAUCUAAGUCAUUUCGUUUCUAAAAGAUCAUUGGUAUUAUUUGAACGAUUUGGAUUGUCUACUGAGUUUCUUGAUGUCAACAUCACUUUAUGGGCUAGUCACAGAAGCUUUCAAGAAAAUAUUCAAUUUUUUAGUACAUUAAAAGUAGUGAAUGACGUUGCUGAGAGGAAUGUCGCAUUAAUUACUAAAUAUAAUCAGCAUUUAACUAACAGUGAAGAACAAUUUCAAGGUUUGCUACAAACGGUAAAAAAACAUAGAGAAGACUUUCCGAGCUGUUCUAAAAAAAACUUUAUGUAAAUUGUACUAUUGAAGGUAUAUUGACCAUAAAUUCGUAAUACAUCUGUAUUUUUUUAGCGCUGUUCAGUGAAAUUAGUCAGUAAUCAAUAAUUAAUAAAAACUUUUCAUCAAAAA